AUGCCUGUUCCCAAAUACAACUACAACGGCCCAAUCGACCACACCGUGGUUCCUGAUCUAGCCAAUGCCAAAGGCAAAUCUGUCAUCAUUACCGGAGGCGCAAAUGGAAUGGGCGAGGCCAUGGUGCGAGCCUUCAGAGACGACCUCGCCAAGGAAUUGAACGCGAAUGGUGAAACAGUCGCGUUUGUCAAGUGCGAUAUUACAGAUUGGGACAGCCUGAUUACACUAUUCGAGACGGCCAAAGCCAAGAGCCCGCAUAACAGCGUUGAUGUUGUUAUUGCAAAUGCGGGAAUCUCGCGUGCCUCCGGUGACAGUCUGUGGAAUCUCGAUGACCCCAAUGGGCCACCCACCAAGCCUAAUCUCAACAUUGUCCGAGUCAAUAUGGACGGGACAUUCUAUACCUGGAAACUUGCAGUUCAUUACUUCAGGAAACAACCCGAUACCGAGGACCGAGAUCGAUGCUUCAUCAUGACUGGAAGUAUGGUCGCAUAUAUUGAUUCACCGGGAAACUGGGAAUACACAGCGACCAAAUAUGGCCUCCGCGGCUUCAUGAAGACUGUGCGUCGAAGCAGCUGGGAACAGGGAAUCCGAAUCAACUAUGUCGCGCCAUGCUGGAUCAAAAGCGCUAUCCGCACGAAGGAGUACGAAGAUUGGUUGAUUGAGCGUGGUGUCGAGUUCGGCGAACAGGCCGAUUGCGCCGGUGCGAUGAUGCGGAUCGCCUGCGAUAAAUCGAUCAACGGACGCUCACUCAUGAUUACUCCGAGGUCCUUUGCCAAGGAGGGAUUCGUGGACGUAAACAAAGAAGACUAUUCCGACCCCAAAGACGAGUACUUUGCAAAGAAGCAAGCGUCGCAGUUGGUCAUCAUUGAAGAUAAAUGGUUGGAUGACUACAAAGAGAAUGCUUCGGUGCAAAUUAAACGACCAUUCGGUCCACGGAAACUAUUGCUGAUAACCACGCUGGUCUGGGAAGAAGUUCCUGUCCCCGAAACUCCCAAGGGAGGAUUCCUAGUGAAGUUGCUAGCUUCUGGGGUGUGCCAUAGCGACCACUCACUUCUCACGAAUGAAAAACAGCGCCCUUGGUUUCAAGAGAAAUACAUCUUGGGUCAUGAAGGAUGUGGCGAGAUUGUUCAGAUAGGUGACCAAGUGAAAGACGCCGGCUUCAACGUGGGAGAUCGGAUUGCGACUAUCGCCGUCCCUGGCUGUGGCUCAGAGGACUGCACAGAGUGCUCACGAGAUCUCGCUCAGCUGUGCCAGAACGCCCACCACGCCGGUAUUGGUCAGGACGGCUUCUAUGCACCGUACGCCGCGCUAGACCUUCGAGCAGCGGUUCACGUCCCGGGCGGAAUUCCAUCUUCCAUAGCAGCAGUGGCAACAGAUGCUGUGAAGACGAGCUAUCACGCAAUCGUAAGACGUGCAGAGGUCAGGUCUAACGAGACGGUCUUUCUGUUCGGGCUCGGAGGUCUCGGGUUUAAUGCGUUGCAAAUUGUUCUGCAUAUCGGGGCUAGAGUCAUCGUGUCUGAUAUUCGACAAGAACGUCUGGAGGAGGCUGCAAAGUGGGGCGUUGCUCGAGAAGAUCUGGUACCGGCUGGGAAGUCAGUACAGGAAUUUGUGCGCGAGAACAGGUUGCAGGGGAAGAUUGACACCACCUUGGAUUUUGUGGGCACUCACCAGACUUUCCAGGAUGCGCAGAAUAUCGUUCGCAGAGGAGGAAAGCUUUUGUGUGUUGGUACUCUCGAUGACGAGAACACAGUCGACAUGAAGAUUGGCAUUCAGAAGAGACUGAGCAUUAUCUUCACGUACGGUGGGCAAUGGAGAGAUUUAAAGGAAGUCCUCGAUUUGAUCUCGAAGGGAAUAAUUCAGCCACAGGUUGAGACUGCUGCUUUGAAGAAAUUUCCCCAGGUCUUGAAGAGUGUUUGCGAAGGAAAGGUCAAAGCCCGGGUUGCCCUAUUGCAUGAGUAA